AGAAAAUUCUUUUAAUUUCGAAAAUUUUGAUUCUUGUCAGAUAUAAUUAUCGAACCGCGUAAUCAUUAAUAAUAAUUGACAAUGAGAUUUCACUUUAACUGGCGUAAGAUCUUUUAAAUUCUGGUAUUCUAACGAAACAGAUUAAUUACUUUAUUUACAUAUUCAUGAAUGGAGUCUACAAGUUAUCUGUGUUUCAAUCGAAUACUAUCUUUUGAUUUCUAAAUGGCGCCAAAACGAAGGUCGACCGAGAUUGACCGAAGAUAGCCGAACGUAUUUAAAUAAAAACACGUGACCAUUUCGAUUAUUUGUUUCAAAUAAUUAUACGAGGAAAAUAAAGAGAAUAAGGAAAAUGACUAAGUAAAUAAAUCAUUUUCGAGGCCUUUCCAAAUGGAAAGACAAACAUCUCUCGAAAUCGUUUCCUAGUUUCACCGACUCUCGCUAAAAUAGACGGAAGGAAGACGUAUUCAUGCUCUGUUUAAGAAGUACGGGUUCACCGAGUUUCUACUCAGGAUAUUAUAUAGAUGUUAUGCCAUCGUAUACAAUCAAACCUUGGACAUUGUCGUUAUUAACAUUAAUAUUCAUUACGUUCGAUUGGACAAGUUCGGAAAGUGGUACAACAAUUGGAAACAGAGAUGGUUGUGGUGAUAGAUUGGAACGUGCUUUGGAUGCACUUCAAAGAGAUUCGAAUAGACGAAGAAAUAGAUUACAAGAAGAAGGAGAAGGUCGUGAACCAAAUUACCAAGAAGAAUUACGAUCCGCACCAUUGGCAAUGAUGAUUUCGCGAAUUGCAGUAAAGUUUCCACAGAAUGCAAGAAGUCGAGGAAGUUCAUGGGCAAGAGUUGAAACAUGUUAUUUUGAACCUUCGAGUAAUUCAUUAAAAACCAGAGUAACAUUCAACGAUUUAUCUAUAUCAGGAACAGUGUCAUUAUUGAUGAGAGAAGAACGGAGAUCUCAUAUACCUUUGGAAUCAUGUAAAAUGACUUUACGAUUGAGACAAGCUGGUAUCGAUAUUUUCACAGGUACAAUUGCCAGAGCUCGUGGACAAAUGCGUAUACGUACGGAAUCAAGCUUUUUAGAGCCAAGAUUUGCUUCACUUUACGCCUAUGGAUGUCAUCCAAAUCGUCAUGAGAAACAGCUUAAAAGGCAGGACAAGUGGCCACCUUAUUAUCCUCCUCGUGAUGACCUUUCUGUAUUAUCGGCUGAGCCACGUCGCCUAUUCACCGUAUCCGAAGAUGCAGAUUUAUUAAUAGCAAACGAAAGUCGAGUUGCACGUACUUCAAGUACACCAAUAAGAAACUUAGGUACAUGGAGAAAUAAUCUUUGGAUAACUAAAUCAGUAGUACGUCGAAGGAGAGGAAUUAAGAAACGUAAUACGAACGAUGUAACAAUGACGAUGACUAUGAAGAAAGAUAAAAAAGAUCAUUCUCCUAAGGAUCAUCAAGGAUCUAGCUCAAUGGAAAUCGAGAUAACACCGGGUGAUUUUGUAACUGCAUUGGUCAAUGAUAAAAAGCUUUCGCAAGCUAAAAAGGAAUCGAUAAUGGUCAACGAAUCAACUACAACAACAAUGGCGUCUACUAUUAAUCUUUUAGAUCGUUCUGUAAAUUUGUUAAAAAACGAAAGUGUCGAUGAUGAUUGCCAAGAAGAAAAAUCUAAUUUCAAAAGAGAAUACAAUUUUCACGAGUCACCAACAAAAAUUGAAUCUAGAGAAACUCUUUUGUUGGAUGAAAAUCUUUAUGAUAUUUUUAUUCCUAAUUUUAAUGAUAAUGAUGAUGAUGAUAACGUUAGCAAUAAUGAUGAAGAUCACGGUAAUAAUCGAAGUUGGCAAUCGAAAGAAAAUAUUGCUAGAGAAAUGGAAGAUAUUUUUCUUCGUGGUGCCAGUAAAACAUUGACCAGUUACAUCGAACGACAAUUACAUCCUGCUAUCAAGGAAGCUCUUAUGAUUUCUAUGGGAUAUACCAUUAGUUAUGGAUAGAUUAUAGAUAGAUUAUAGAUAGAUUAAUAGAUCGAAUUACGGAUGUACAAUUAAUUAUUAUUAUUAGUAACAAAUGCAUUAUUAUUUUUGUCUUGGAAAU